AUGUUUAGUAUUUCAGUUCACAGCCAUGGCGGAUUGGGCUCCAGUUGUCGUCGGAGUUGUAUUAUUCGUGCUCCUCUCUCCAGGUCUCGUCUUCUCUUUGCCUGGACAUCACCAUACUCUCCAAUUCGGCGGCAUGAAAACCAACGGUAAAGCCAUCGCUGUUCACACACUCAUCUUCUUCGCCGCUUACACGAUCUUGAUCCUCGCUGUCAAUCUCCACAUCACAACCGGCUAAUUUUUUAGAGGGUAACGAAUAAAUAAAGGUAACCCUUUUUGCUGAAUCUGGGUUCUUCAGGAAUCAAUCAAUCUUCUGAGAUCUGGAACUCUGUUUUUAGGGAUUUUGUAUACUUUUACUCUGUUCUGCUCUGUUUUUAAAAAAUGUGUUGGUGCAUUGAAAUAUUACUGAAAAUGUAUUAAUCAUUAAGCUUGUAUUGUUGUGAUUAAAGUUAUAAGGAAGAUUUGAUGUUUGAUUC